AUGCGUUUAUUGUUCUUAUUAAGAAACAUCUUGGGUGAAGCUGGUGAACAAAGAUUAAAACAAUUGAUGAAUUAUAACUAUUGGCAUAUUCAACAAGAUCCAAAAUUAAAAACUAUCAGCUAUGUUUUAUUUAUGAAUAAUGAGAGUUCUUAUGGAGUUAAUUUUAGUUGGUUGCAAUCUGAAUUCAAAAAGAAUGGUCAUACUUUUCAAUGUGGUGCUGUUACUUGUAAAUUCGUAACAGAUUCUGAAGAAUUUUCUGAAUA